UGCUACGAUUGGAAACCUAAUGGCUGCAACGGUAGAAAUACCCAAAAAAAAACGCGCUAAAAUUGAAUUUUCUUUCAUCUUCUGGUUGGCUGCUACCUAACAAAUUUGAUUUUUCUUACCAUUUUCUUACAUCAAGAAACCGAUCCAUCAGUGACGGAGACAACAACCAGAUUCUCAAGUCUCCAUUAUUACUGGUCAACUCUCUCUCUUUUUUUUAUUAUUACAACUUGUCAUUCAUUUCCUAAUAUUUUAAUUAUGGAAGCUAUGGAUUUUAGGAAUCCUCUUGUCUCUCUCCUUUAUUUUUUUUUCAUUUCUUUAUUCAGUUUCCACAUUACAUAUCACAAUUUCAAGCCACCUUAGUGUGCGUUCUUUUACUCAUUCAAAUCUGAUUUUUUCUGUUUUCUACUCUCAAUAUUUAUCUCACAACUCCCCCAUCUUUUUCAACCUGAAUUUUUUCUAUAAACUUGGGUUUUGUCAAGAUUUUAUAUUUAAGAUUUUUUUGCUGUUCUUGAGCAAUUUUCAAAUUUGGGUGUUCUUUUAUUUAGAGAUAGGAAGUAUUAGACAGUGUUGUUCAGUUGAUCUGUGAUGGCUAAAACUGUUAUUGAUCACACAUUUUCUUAUGGUGGCUCACACCAUACUCAGAGUCAGGAAGAAUUGCCUUUCAGGACCAAUUUGGGGUCAAUCAAAGUUUUGCUUUUACAUGGUAAUCUAGAUAUAGUCAUUAAGGAAGCUAAAAACCUUCCGAACAUGGAUAUGUUUCAUAAAACAUUAGGGGAUGUGUUUUCCAAGUUGCCUGUCAGAGUUACCAAGAAAAUUGAGGGGCAUGUAAGCAACAAGAUAACCAGCGAUCCGUAUGUCACUGUUUCGGUAUCUGGUGCUGUUGUUGGUAGGACCUAUGUCAUUAAUAAUAGCGAGAAUCCUGUCUGGAUGCAGCAUUUUGAUGUUCCUGUUGCACAUUAUGCUUCAGAGGUUCAUUUUGUUGUUAAAGAUAAUGAUGUAGUUGGGUCACAGAUUAUAGGUGCUGUGGGAAUUCCAGCACAUCAGCUAUGUAGUGGAGUGAAAAUUGAAGGUAGUUUUCCGAUUCUCGGUAGUAAUGGAAAGCCGUGCAAGCCUGGAGCUGAAUUGACCCUAUCGAUUCAGUUUACUCCUGUAGAGAAAAUUGGCAUUUAUAAGCAUGGAGUAGGUUCUGGUCCUGAUUAUAAAGGGGUUCCAGGUACAUACUUUCCUCUCAGGAGAGGUGGUAAAGUUACACUUUAUCAAGAUGCUCAUGUUCAAGAUGGUAGCCUACCUGAUGUGAGGCUAGACAGUCAUGUUCAGUACGAACAUGGAACUUGCUGGCUUGACAUUUUUAAUGCUAUUAGUCAGGCUCGACGUUUGAUCUACAUUACUGGCUGGUCUGUUUACCACCUUGUUAGAUUGGUUCGAGAUGGACAGGAUGGAAAGGAUUGUACAUUGGGUGAUCUUCUUAAAGUAAAAUCUCAGGAAGGUGUGAGAGUUCUUCUCCUCGUAUGGGAUGAUCCUACUUCUAGGAGUAUUUUGGGUUAUAAAACGGAGGGGAUCAUGAAUACAAAUGAUGAGGAAACUCGCCGGUUUUUUAAGCACUCUUCGGUGCAAGUGCUACUUUGCCCUCGAUCUGCUGGAAAAGGACACAGCUUCAUGAAAAAGCAGGAAGUUGGAACAAUCUAUACCCAUCACCAGAAAACAGUUAUAGUGGAUGCUGAUGCCGCUCACCAUAAAAGAAAGAUCAUAGCUUUUGUUGGAGGCCUUGAUUUGUGUAAGGGCCGAUAUGAUACGCCACAUCAUGCUCUUUUUAGGACAUUAGAAACCGUGCACAGAGAUGAUUUCCAUAACCCGACAUUUGCGGAGCCUGGUGUUGGCUGUUUAAGAGAACCAUGGCAUGAUUUGCACUGUAAAAUUGAUGGCCCUGCAGCCUAUGACGUCCUCAACAAUUUUGAGGAACGUUGGUUAAGGGCUUCAAAGCCUCGUGGUAUUAAUAAGUUGAAGGGGUCAUCAUUUGACGAUGCAUUGCUCAGAUUUGAAAGAAUCCCGGAAAUCAUCGGGAUUGCAGAAUCUUCUUGUCAGGAUGAAAAUGACCCCGAGUGUUGGCAUGUUCAGGUUUUCCGUUCAAUUGAUUCUAGUUCCGUCAGCGGCUUUCCAGAUGAACCAAAGGACGCACCAAGCAGGAAUCUGUUAUGUGGGAAGAAUGUACUAAUAGAUAUGAGUAUACAUACCGCAUAUGUUAAGGCAAUCCGUGCAGCCCAAAAUUUCAUCUAUAUAGAGAACCAAUACUUUCUUGGAUCAUCGUAUAACUGGGAUGCUCACAAGGAUUUAGGCGCAAACAACUUAAUACCGAUGGAGAUUGCUCUUAAAAUUGCCAACAAAAUCAAAGCAAACGAGAGAUUUUCUGCCUAUAUUCUUAUCCCUAUGUGGCCAGAAGGUGUUCCUACAGGCGCUCCUACACAGAGGAUUCUGUAUUGGCAGUCGAGAACAAUGCAAAUGAUGUACGAAACAAUUUACAAGGCUUUGGUGGAGAAAGGACUUGAGAAUACCUUUGAGCCGCAAGACUACUUGAAUUUCUUCUGUUUAGGGAAUCGCGAGGCAUUUGAUAGAGAAAACAGUUGCAACAAUGCUCCAGGUCCCAAUGCUGCAAACACUCCUCAGGCAUUAUGUCAGAAGAAUAGAAGAUUUCAGAUUUAUAUUCAUUCCAAAGGAAUGAUAGCGGACGACGAGUAUGUAAUAAUAGGAUCUGCAAAUAUUAAUCAACGAUCCAUGGACGGUACCAGAGACACCGAGAUAGCAAUGGGUGCAUACCAGCCUCACCAUACCUUAGCAAGCCAACACUAUCACCCACGUGGGCAGAUAUAUGGAUAUAGGAUGUCACUGUGGGCAGAACAUAUCGGAGGACUAGAAGAAUGCUUUGAGCAACCUGAGACUCUCGAGUGCGUAAGGCGCAUAAGGCUCCACGGUGAAAAGAAUUGGAAACAGUUUGCAUCAGAUGAAGUAACAGAAAUGAAGGGUCAUCUCUUAAAGUAUCCGGUCGAAGUUGAUCGGACAGGUAAGGUCAAAGCUUUACAAGGCAGUGAAACAUUUCCAGAUGUUGGUGGUAACAUACUAGGCUCAUUCACAGCCAUCCAAGAAAAUCUCACAAUCUGAGAUGCUACAUUUGUUCUGCUAUAUGAUUGUUUUUAUCAACUGGAAGACACUUCUUUAGUUUAAACAAUUUAUUUUAGAAAAUGGUCUGCUUUUUUUAGAACAAGAAAAUGAUUUAGUUAAAGGGUUCACUUAUUAAUCAUUCUUUUUUGUGUUUUUCCAUGUAAUUUGUAAAUUAUUUUAUUGUAUAUUGAUUUAUAAAGUUGUAUAAAUACUGUUUCAAACCAUUUA